AGAUUUGCAUGGAAGAACCCCUUGUGUCGUCUCCAGCUGUCCACCCAUCCGCAAGCUCUUUCCCUCCUCUCGUGCUCACGGCCGCCGUCAUGCCGCCGCCGGCGCCACUCCACCUCCGCCUCCUCCACGUCUCCCAUCUCCCUCUCCCCUCCUCGCGCCACUUCGCCUCCUCCAUCACGCCAGGCCCACUCACCGCCCGCCCCUUCUCUCCCCGCCGCGCCAGCAGCAGCAGGCGCCGCGCUCCUUCCGUGCUGCGCGCCACGGAGGGAGAUGCUGCGGCGGCUGCGGGGCCGGAGGGGUUCGAGGAGGAGCUGGAAAGGCUCCUGGAGCUGCUCCCGGGGGAGCUGCGGCGGCGGGUCGAGGGCCACCCGGAGCUCCCAGCGCUGGUGGAGGUGGUCAUGGACCUCGGCCGCCCCCCACUCGCCCGCUUCCCAUCCGGUGACUUCCUCCUCUCCCACCGCCCCAUCUCCUUCGACGAACUUCACCACGCCACCGCGAAGGUCGGGGACUUUGGAGGGGACAAUCGUGCCGGAAUUAGCCGGACGCUACACCGGAUCAGCGCUAUUCGGAACAGGAAGGGAGACAUUGUAGGACUGACUUGCCGCGUUGGGAGGGCUGUGCCUGGAAGUGCUAUUUUGCUUCAGGAUCUGGUCAAGGAUGGUGGGUCCUUGCUGCUCAUCGGUCCACCAGGUGUGGGGAAGACAACUGUCAUAAGAGAAAUUGCCCGUAUGCUAGCAGAUGAUUAUAAGAAGCGAGUGAUGAUUGUUGAUACAUCCAAUGAGAUUGGUGGAGAUGGUGAUAUUCCUCACCCAGGAAUAGGGAAUGCCCGCAGGUUGCAAGUGCCUAACCAAGAAAUGCAGCAUAAGGUGUUGAUAGAAGCUGUGGAGAACCAUAUGCCUCAGGCAAUUGUCAUUGAUGAAAUUGGAACCAAGCUAGAGGCUAUGGCUGCUAGCACCAUUGCACAGCGGGGGAUACAGCUUGUUGCCUCCGCUCAUGGUGUAACAAUAGAGAACCUGACCAUGAAUCCAUCACUAGAGAUGCUUGUAGGAGGAAUACAGAGCGUCACCCUUGGCGAUGAAGAAGCAAACAGGAGAAGGGUCCAAAAAACUGUCCUAGAGCGCAAAGGCCCAUCAACAUUCACAUAUGCUGUAGAAAUCGUGUCGAAAACUGAAUUGCGCGUCCAUCGUAGUUUGGAAGCUACAGUAGAUGCUCUCCUUGCAGGCAGACUGCCUAAUGUUGAAAUUCGUAAGUUGGGUUCAAACAUGUCAGUGCAGAAGGAAGUUUCUGUGCAGAAGGAACAGUUUCAUCGUGGUUCUUUCCAAAUUGGACCUGAAUUUGAGGCUGAUUCUCUAAGUAACGCCAGAACAAGCUUGGACUCUGCAUUUCAUCUUGAUUCUGCUGAAGGACAUAUAGAGAAGUUUAAUGAAUCCGAGGAGGGCUUCAACCUAUAUGCUUAUGGGAUAUCCGAGGAAACUGCCUUGCAAGCGAUUAAACAACUGGAGCUGGAGGACAUGGUUACUUUAACCUAUAAUAUCAGUGAAGCUGAUGCUGUGAUUGCUUUGCAAUCGAAGCUCAAGAAGAAUUCUCAGAUUCAGGCCGCGGUGAAAUCUCAAGAUAUACCAGUUUUCUUCGUUAAGACAAACUCCCUGGUGCAAAUAACCAGGGCACUCCGUGUCCUCGUUGAUGAUCUUAUGGAUGAGUUGAUGGAUUUUGAAGAUAAGGAGGAAGUUCGAUCAUCAGAAGAAGCCGAUGCUCUCGAGGAAGCAAGAUUGGCAGUUGAGCAAGUAGUGAUCCCGAAAGGGGAGAGCGCGCAGCUACUGCCCAGACCACGGUCUAUCAUUUCAUCCCAAGCGAAUCUUGUCGAAAGCUUCAAGCUCAGGUGGGAAGUCAUAGGACAGGAGCCAAACGUGUGCUUGAAAAUCCUUCCGCAAUUCACAGACACGGAAGAAGGUACCUCUACCAAGCUCACAGAUUCAAGCAGUUCCGAUGGCAUGGGCCGCGCAGAGGAUGUGGUCACUAGGCUACCCUUCCUCCCGGAGUAGCAUAUUUUCGGAGUCGUUUGGCCGUGUCUCUGUAGCUAUAGCCUAUAGCUUGCUGUAUAUGCUUUCCUUUUUUCUGCAGCCCUUCGGCGUUGUUGAUAUACACGUACCCUGGUGGUUUUCAUCAGAUAGAUAGUAGAUAGUGCUGCUCUACUCAUGCGAAUCUGUUGUUCCAACUAAGAACCUGACAACACGAUUCAAAUCAUGUUACUACAUCUUUUCUGA